ACUUUAGUUUCACUAGAAUUUCACAUAAACGAUGUGACGCAGUUAGCUGUGGCAAAGCUCUUCCUCUUUCUGAUCUGUCUGCCAUAAGGACCCAAGCAGCUCAAUCUUUACUUUCAGAACCUUUGUUAAUGUUCUGUCUCGCUUCUAAACACUUCUCUGUUAUUUGGUGAACACCUAAAUCUCUUUAUUCUCUCCUUUCCUUGCAUUUGUGCUUCUAUAUUUCCAUUCAACACGGGCAGCACACUUUUCGUCACGGAAAAGAUAAGGUCUCCAGUCUACUAUGGAUGAGGAGAGAGAGGAGGGGGCUCCUACCUCUAAAACCACUCUGUCUGGGGAACAUGGCCGCCAGAGCAAAGCUAAGAGCCCAGAGCAGCGGGAGAGAGCAGACUCCCCUGGACCCAGCUGUGUCUCCUUGAAGAGUGACUGGUCUAUGGAUUAUCCGCAUGACUUUAGAGAUGGAAUUCAGUCUAUUGAGAAGAGAAGAGUCCAGAAGGAGAGAGCAGACUCCCCUGGACCCAGCUGUGUCUCCUUGAAGAGCGACCGCUCUAUGGGUCAUCCUCCUGACCUUAAAGAUAGACGCCCCUCCAGAGAGGAAGGAGUCCAGAAGGAGAGAGCAGACUCCCCUGGACCCAGCUGUGUCUCCUUGAAGAGCGACUGGUCUAUGGAUCGUCCUCCUAGACUUAAAGAUGGAUGCCCCUCCAGAGAGGAAGGAGUCCAGAAGGAGAGAGCGGACUCCCCCGGACCCAGCUGUGUCUCCUUGAAGAGCAACUGGUCUAUGGAUUUUCCUCCUGAACUUAAAGAUGGACGCCCCUCCAGAGAGGAGAGGCGUCCCCAGGAGAGGUCAAAGGUUACCAGUGCUCAGUCUGUACAGCAGAAUCAAGCAGAGCUGAUCAAGAAGGAGAGAGCGGACUCCCCUGGACCCAGCUGUGUCUCCAUGAAGAGCAACUGGUCUAUGGAUCGUCCUCCUGGACUUAAAGAUGGACGCCCCUCCAGAGAGGAGAGGCAACUCCAGGAGAGGUCAAAGGUUACCAGUGCUCAGUCUGUACAGCAGAAUCAAGCAGAGCUGAUCAAGGUGUGUAAAUGAAAAACUACAUUUGACUUCAGCUCUAGACAGGGGUGACCUAAGGGGGGUGGGGGGGUAGUAGUCUAUAUAUUCCACCUCUCUCUCUUUAUUGCAUGGUUCAGUCUUGCGUGGAUCCAGUUUUCAGCACAGAGUCUUCCACUCGGUGCCCUUACAAGCAGAACAGACGGAGAACAGACUGUCAGUAGUUUGACACGUCGUCGUUGAGGUAGAAGUCGGGGUAUCAGAAACAGAAACCUGAGAGGGAGGAGCAGGGCCCACAGUUGGUCACCCAGUUUAUACAAAUAAAGGUUUUUAUUUAUUCACCUUCCUGUGGUGCCCAUUAUCACGGAGCUACCUAGUGAAUCAUAGAAUCUUAUAUCAAUCAAAUAGUUCUUCAUCAAACAUGAAAUUCAUGAAUAUGAAUCAAUGAAUGAGGUAGACAGGUGGAUGAACCAGGAAACUGUUUACUGAGGCCUUCACUAAUUUUCUUCUACUUAUCAACUAUACAGCCAGGGUAGGUCUGAAUACUGACCCCUAGUGGUGAAAAGUAAUGGCAGAGUAUGAAGUAUGAAGUGUCUUUUCUGUCCCAUUUUACUGAGGUGUUUAGAGCCAGUGUAACAUUACUGGCAUCUGACAAGCUUUGGGAACAAAUUGACCAAAAUGUAAAACACCACUGAAUUUCUCAAGAGGAAAGCCUUUUGCCAGCACAGCAACAGUAAUGAGAGAUGCCAAUCAUUACCUCUAA